GAGGGGUUGUGAGGUGUUCAAGAUGGCGGCGCCCUGUGGAGUGCAGUUGCUUUAACAGUGGUGCCUGGAGACCUUUUUGACGAGCACCCCAGGGAACCCUCCAGGCUGGACUGGACACGGGUCGCUGUGAGAGUGACGUCUGAGAGCCCUUCCCCUCUCCCUUGUCUGUUUCAGAGACGCUCGCCUCUGAAUCAUCCUGAGCUGUCUGUACCAUCAUGUCAAGGGAACAGCUGAACGUGGGGGACCUGCUCCCUCUACUGGAGACCUCUGACCUCCGCCAGUUGGAUGAGAUCAAGGGCCUUAUCAAUGAACACCUCAAUACAGAUCGGGGGUCCAUGCUGCUGAAUGGUUUGGUGGAUUAUUUCCUGGAGACCAACUCCCCCCAGGCCGUGCAUAUCCUGUCCUCAGUGAGGGAGCCGCACGAUAAGCAACUUUUUGAUAAAAUGAAUGAAUGCAUGGCUAAAGCCCCCUGUCGCCUACCCACUCUCACUCUACUGGGGCACGUUGUCCGUAAACAGCCAUCUUGGAUCCACAAGAUUGUUCGCUAUCCGCUGUUGCUCUCUCUCCUCAAAUGCCUCAAGACAGACACAGAUGUCGUCGUUUUGAUAACUGGAGUCCUGGUGCUCAUUACUCUGUUACCCAUUAUCCCCCAAGCUGGCAAGCAGCAUCUCUAUGAGUUCUUUGACAUAUUUGGUCGUCUGGCCUCCUGGAACCUGAGAAACCAGGGUCACGUACCAGAGGUUUAUCUUAUCCACCUCCAUGCCAGCGUCUAUUCACUGUUCCAUCGGCUCUAUGGUAUGUAUCCCUGCAACUUUGUGUCCUACCUGCGCUCCCACUACAGCAUGAAGGAGAACAUGGACACCUUCGAGGAGGUGGUCAAGCCAAUGCUUGAGCAUGUCAGAAUACAUCCAGAGUUAGUGACUGGAACGAAGGACCAUGAGCUUGAUCCCAGCAGGUGGAAGAGAUUUGAGAUCCAUGACAUUGUUAUUGAGUGUGCCAAAGUCUCUCUGGACCCAAAGGAGGCAUCCUGUGAAGAGGGCUAUGCCACCAUGCCUGAGCAUUUUUGUGCCCAUUUACAGCAACGCCCGGCUGAUUGCACUGCCAGCCCUUACGGGGACUUCCACAGCAGCUAUGGAAGUUCUUCCUCGACUAAUUUCUCCACCCCUCGUCAGCCUGUCGUCCCUCCCUUGGCCCUGCCCUCUUUCUCAGGGACUCAGCCCCCCUACCGCAGCCCCAUUGGAACCCGCCAGAAUUCCAGCUGUGAAGUUAAUGCCACAUAUGGUGUUAAGGAUUCUCUCUGGAGCCCCUCCUCCCAGUGUGGCAUGGUCACGCCCCCUUCCUCGCAUGGGAUGUCACCGAAUCCCGAACUGUCCCAGAGUGCUUCACACCUACCCAGUCGCCUCUACAGCACACCUGCAGGCAGUAAGGGCACCCCGUCCUCCAGUACCCCCGCGGCCUCCUCACCUCCUCCCAGCCUCUCGGAUGAGUUUCCCCCUGUGUCCCUGCCACGCAGGACCUCCAGCCCGCCAUGCAAGGAUGGUAGACCUUUGGACCACACCAAACCUGCCUUGGUCAGGCAGGAGCCAAUCAGAGAACUUGAGAAAAUUGGGCCUGAAACAAUCAAUCACAGAGAUGGCAGAAGUGACAACAUGCCCAUGACGUUGACUGAGCUCUCUGUCUUCAUGAAGGAACAAGAGCAAAUGAGAAUCGUUAAGGAGCGGGAGGACGCUGCCAUUACAGAAGAGCUUCUAAAGCUGACUGAGGACAAACAGGAUUUAGUUGGUCUUCGUGGCUUUGACUCACCAUUCUUCAGCACCACGGAGACCCUGACUGGAGCCCGGGAGAAUCUCUUACCCUCUUUUUCCCACAUUGGCUUGAUGAGAGACCCUCGCAAUGCCAUCUCCAUGCCUGACAAGGCUGACACCACACCCAGGGACAGAGGCAAAGUCAGCAGAGGCACAUCCCAGGAGCAUCCCUGGACCUUUCAACCAGUGUUUACACCCAUUGAGCACUCAACACACAGCCAUCUCAAUCGAAGCCCCUCUGCACCCGAUGACGAGGCCCAAAAAUACGGCUUGUGGUCCCCUAGCCCAUGCAAACCACCACCCCUGCCGUACGAGGCUCUGUUUGACAUGGCCCUGCCCAGAGUGGCCUCCCUGUUUGUUGGAAGGAAGACCUUAGAAAUUGUGAGGUUUCAGAGAGGUGACGUGGGCAAGCAAAUGGAGGGAGAUGGUGUAGAGGGGGUCGGGUCUGCCUCCCCAUUGGAGGUGCUGGAUCGCCUCGUGCAGCAGGGCGGUGAUGCCCAUGAUAAAGUGCUUAAGAGAUUACCCCUGCCAAGCAAGUCAGCUGAUUGGACACACUUUGGAGGUUCUGCUCCCUUGGAUGAGCUGCACACACUGCGCAGUCAACUGCUGCUGCUGCACAACCAGCUCCUGUACGAGCGCUAUAAGCGAGAGCAGCAUGCCGUCCGUAACCGCCGUCUGCUUCGCCGCAUCAUCAAUGCCACCGCACUCGAUGAGCAGAAUAACGCUAUGAAAGCCCAGCUGAACCUGCAGAAUGUGGAUGUCAUGUCUCUGAGAGAGAGCCUGCAGGUGGAGCAGCAGAGAUACAGGCAGCUCUGGGAUGACAGAGAGACUGUAGUUACACGCCUGCAUAGCCAGAUACGCCAACUACAGCAGGCCAGAGAUGACUACUACACCAAAAACCAGGAGCUACAGAGUAAGCUACAAGAAUACCAGAAGCAAAUAGGCGAGAUGGAGGCAGAGCUUCAGAGGUCAAACAACAAGGUGUGCCACACAGGACACCUGCUGAACCAGCUCAAUGCCAAAUUAUCCUCAAGUGAAAGUAUUCAGCAGCAGUUAAGUUUUCUGAAUAAACAGUUGUUGCUUAUGGGAGAAGCUCAUAAACUGUGUGUUCAAGAGCUGCAGCAGACUGGACCAGACACUAGCAAGGAGGUGCAGAUGCUGCAAACAUCUUGGGGGAAGGAGACGGAACGUCUGAAGCAGAGUUUGUUAUUCCAGAACCAAAAGUUGGAUGCUGCUCAGCAGAGAGUGGCAGAGUUGGAGUCACAACUCUCCAAGAAAGAGCACCUGAUCGUUGAACAAAAGAAGUUCCUAGAAGAUGUCAAGGCCCAAGCCAAAGGGGAACUGCAGGCCUCUGAGAUCAGGUAUCAGGCCCAGCGGCAUAUAACUCUUGCACUGCAGACUGAGUUGUUGCAACUGUACAGCAGACUGGAAACAGAAGGCUCCUCUGUCACUGCUUCAGCCUCACCAGCAGAGGGUGCCACUGAUCCCCGCAGUUCUGCAGAGUCUAGUGUCAUCGUGGUGGACCGGCCAGUGAAAACAUCCACCAAAGAGGAUGGCAAAUCAACUAAGUCUCCACACGGCAACGGCUGCACUUUAUCAACAGGGUGCCCGAAGACCAGCCUGUCCUUGGCCACCUCUGUAAACGGCAAUCGAAACCCCCCACCUGUCCUAGUGGAACCGCCCCCACUCCGUCCUCAUUCCCUUCUGGGGCCCCCGGGACCUCUGGUCCACACUGACACCCCCCUCACUGUAGGCUCUUACCCCAGCGCCAAGAGCUUUCUUGGCAUGCGAGCGCGAGAGCUGUUCCGCAACAAAAGUGAGAGCCAGUGCGAUGAGGACGAAGACCCUCCUCCACGUCUCACUGGCCUAUCACAGGGCCUGAAGACUGAGCUCUGUGUGGAGCUGGCAGCAAAGAGUACACCCAGUGCUACCAGCUCCAGCUCUGCGCAGAGCUUCACGCUCACCACAUCUGCUAAAGAAGCUCAGCCUGAUGCUCAGAGAGCUAAUUACCGAGAUACAUUCGGCUCAAGAUGCCCAGUGCGACCCAGACAGCAACCGUUAAGAAUCAUAGACUAUAAUGAAGGUCACCAGGAGCACAGCUAAAGUUAUGGAAAACAUUGAAAGAGAGACAGGAGAGAAAGUAGAGGAAAUCUAAAUCAGACUUGGUGUGUGGGGAGAUGCGAAAAUUUAGAUACUAGAGUGUAAGGCAAGACUCCUAAUUCUCAGUGUUAUCUGUCUCAUUUCCACAAUCAGACAACAGGAUUUGGAGCCACUAAAUCAGCAAAACUGGAAAAGUGGAAAGCAUGGACUAAAAUCAUUCAUAAAAAUAUUUCGAAGUAAAUUAUCAUAUUCAAUUUUAUUUAACAAUUGACAUAGGAUUCAUGAAUAAUUUUUACUAAUUCGAUCUGCUCAUGUUUUGUGAAUAAGGCCCUAUGUCUUUUAGCGAGCCCAAUUUAUUUGCCAUCAUAAUUGUCACUUUUACAUCUUUUAUUGUUGUUUUGCUAAUUUAUCAGCACCCUUUAAAAGAACCAAGUUACUGUUGCAGCACAUGGAAGCUUUGAGUUUAGUCUAUUAGAUGCAAUAUUAUUAAUUCAGUUGUAGUGAAAAUACAGCGCUUACACCUUCCCAACUCAUCCGCACAGAGCUGAAUGUUUGUUUGGAAACCAGUUGGUGGAUCUUUCUUUUUGUGCCAUGCAGGAGUCUUUUAUAAACCAUCACAUCAGGUUUUACCAUGAGACAUGCCAAGUGAAGUGCAUUUUUAUUUGCUGAAAUCAUGUGUUUAUUUACAGUGUUAUUGUGUGUAUGUAUGUACGAUGUCUGUUUGUGUGUAUGAUGUAUAUGAGAGCCCACCAGUGGUAUGAAAGUGAUGGCUUGUAUCCCAGACUCGGGCUAAGACUAAUUCUGGGUUAAACUGCAGUUUAUAUUCAUCAUGGAAAACCUCUUUUAGUCAUGGAAUCGACUUAAACUGGGUCUGGGAAGUGGACUCUAAAUGUUACAGCUACUGUAAGAGGAUGGUCCGUCGUGUUUUUAGGAGCUUUUUAUAUGAAUAGUAUUUUUUAAUUAUUUAUUUUUUGCCCUAUAUUGCUUUUGCAUGACAAACAGAAUUUUAAGUUGAUUUUGGGAGAGUAUUACCAGCCACUCACCAAAUUUGGCCAUAAAAGUGGUCUUAUCAUUGGCCAUAACCAUGGCUGGGUUUAAGGGGUCUGCUUUGCCCCCCUAGAUUUUCCUUGUGCAAAUCCCCCCUUCUCCGCACCCCCAGUCGGACAGCAAAACGACCAAGUGGGACUAUAUUGCCCCCCCAAAGAACACAACCUAGUACUGCCCCUGGCCGCAACUACAGACAAACUUCAUUCCGAUCUAUCUAGCCACCAAUCGAGUGGUCAGCUUUUCAAAGCGUACACUUUUGACAGCGAGACCUUACUGACGCAUUUGACGCAUGCUUGACAGACACUACAACUGCUUUGUGAUACUCUUUAGCACAGUUAUUGACAGGCGCAUUUACAGAUGCAGACUGUGAAAACAGCACUGCACACAGACAGUACACGCAUGCUUAGCUGAUGAUGAAACUGGCGGCACGCGCUCUGUGCACGAGACAUAGCUGUACGCGAAGUACACUUUGGCCGUAAGAAUUUUAUCCUUCUAUAAUCCCUUUGGAGAUAUUGUAAGUGAAAUCUACAUGUUGACCAUCAUCAAACCUUAUCCUAACAGUCACUUUUCAAAUAACAGUCAAACAUGAGUCAGUUCUGUUUGACAAUACCAAUCUUCAGUCUGAAGGUCAAUAUCAUAAUACAUACUCCCUUAGAGCUCUGCAGUAUAAGAUCCACCAAAACUGUAGACAUGAACUGGAUAAGAAACUUUUCUUAACCUUGUUUGUGUUUGUUCUGCCACAUCCUGGCACUGGUGUGGUUUUUGAUGACUUACCAGCUUUGGUAACCUGUCUGUAACCGUCUCACUUCAACACACUGCAUUUGUUUUGAAUAUUAUUACUAAUUUUACACUUUGAGUGCCAAAUACAAUAUUCUUUAUAUGUUCUGGUUUUGUUGUAUUACUCACGCCCAUCUAUUCUUAUAUUUAUUUCCAUAGAGGGGUAUCUACGAGACAAAAGUUCUUUAUCAGUUGGCUUGUUUGAUCAGAAAGGUCUGAGCUGAAAGUGGGUGGACUGUAGUGAUGAUAACUGUAUAACACCAAAUAGAGUGUAAAAUGACACAGAAUCUCCACAAGAUAGUCAAGUUGACAGUCAAAGACAUCAUUUAUGAAUUGUAACCAAAUCCUGUUGUCUCCUUGAAGUCUCUGCUGUUCCUUCUGCCUUGCUAUCUAGAGCAUGUACACAACAAUCCUCUUUUAAUGCCAACAACAGGAACUAUGUCUUAACAAGACACAAGGUACAAUCAGUUUGAAAUUAAAGGAACGUAUGAAUCUGAGCUCCAUCUCUGGAGAUGAAAGGUUGGGGGAGGAAAGGCAAGGUUGGUUAGAAAAGGUUCUUAAAGCAGUUGCUUGUGUUAACUGUGAAUGACAAAAAUAAACAGUCUUCAAUGUUUUGCACUACAGAUUGGGGCUUGUUUGGAUUAUUUUUCUUGGCACUUAAGUCACACAAAAAAAUUAUGAAAAUUGCAUUAGACAUUACUAUCAAAGUGGCAUCUGCACAACAAUUGUGUAAGCCCUAAUGCUGUAAUUACUGGAAUUAACUUAAUUUAGCACAGCUUGAAAUGUCAAGUAUCUAAAAUCAUAAAAAAAAAAAGAAACAUCCUCACUUUCAACUGCUUUUAUUUUCAGCAAACUUACCAUGUGUAAACAUUUGUAUGAACAUAAAGAUUCAACAACUAAGACAAACUGAACAAGUUUCAUAGACAUGUGAUGAACAGAAAUGGAUUAAUAUGUCCCUGGGGUUGGGGAGUCAAAAUCAAAAGUAACAGUCAGUAUCACUAGUGGCCACCAGCUGCAUUAAGUACUGCAGUGCAUUUCCUCCUCAUUGGACUGCACCAGAUUUGGCAGUUCUUGCUGUGAGAUGUUACCCCACUCUUCCACCAAGGCACUUGCAAGUUCCCGGAUAUUUCUGGGGGGAAUGACCCUAGCCCUCACCCUCUGAUCAAACAGGUGCCAGACGUGUACAAUGGGAUUGAGAUCCGGGCUCGUCGCUGACCAUGGCAGAACCCUGACAUUCCUGUCUUGCAGGAAAUCACGCACAGUUCGAGCAGUAUAGCUGGUGGCAUUGUCAUGCUGGCGGAUCAUGUCAGGAUGAGCCUGCAUGAAGGGUACCACAUGAGGGAGUAGAAUGUCUUCCCUGUAACGCACUGAGCUGAGACAACAAGCUCAGUGCGAUGAUGCUUUGACACACCGCCCCAGACCAUGACGGACCCUCCUUCUCGAUCCCGCUCCAGAGUACAGGCCUCGGUGUAAAGCUCAUGCCUUCGAUGAUAAACGCGAGUCCGAACAUCACCCCUGGUGAGACAAAACUGCAUCUCGUCAGUGAAGAGCACUUUUUUGCCAGUCCUGUCUGGUCCAGCGAAGGUGGGUUUGUGCCCAUAGGCGACAUUUUUGCCAGUGAUGUCUGGAAAGGACCUGCCUUACAACAGGCCUACAAGCCCUCAGUCCAGCCUAUUGCGGACAGUCUGAGCACUGAUGGAGGGAUUGUGCAUUCCUGGUGUAACUCGGGCAUUUGUCGUUGCCAUCCUGUACCUGUCCCGCAGGUGUGAUAUUCGGAUGUACCGAUCCUGUGCAGGUGUUGUUACACAUGGUCUGCCACUGCAAGGAUGAUCACCUGUCCUUCCUGUCUCCCUGUAGUGCUGUCUUAGGCGUCUCACAGUACGGACAUUGCAAUUUAUUGCCCUGGCCACAUCUGCAGUCCUCAUGCCUCCACGCAGCAUGCCUAUGGCACGAUCACGCAGAUGAGAAGGGACCCUGAGUAUCUUUCUUUUGGUGUUUUUCAGAGUCAGUAGAAAGGUCUCUCUAGUGUCCUAAGUUUUUAUAACUGUGACCUUAAUUGCCUACCGUAUGUAAGCUGUUAGUGUCUUAACGACCAUUCCACAGGUGCAUGUUCAUUUAAUUGUUUAUGGUUCAUUGAACAAGCAUGGAAAACAUUGU